UUAUAAGAUUUUUGAGCAAAGGUGUGUGUUAUUAAGAUGAGUUCAAGGUUCCUAGAUAUCAAAUAAGAAUAAUAAUACUAAUAACCAUAAUAUAUUUGUUGUUGUACUUAGUUUAAGAUUAAUUCUAGUAAAUUAUCGAUUAUGCGAUAGAUAAUCGAUAUGUGUUUUACUAUAGUUAAUAUAACGCUAAUCGACGAUUCGUUCAUGAGCAAUCGAUUUGGUAAUCGAUAUGAAAUCUUGCACUGGUAACACUGGAGAUUUUGUUUUCAUUGUGCAAACCGUAACUUUGUUAAACUAAUUCCUGUUCCUCAUUGGCUAAACCGAAAGCUGAAUUUUCUUAUUGGUUGAUGGUGGGAGCUGCGUGUCAUUGUAAUGAGAUAUCAUUUUAAGUAUUUGAAAACCUACUUAUUAAACUAAAUUGUUUAUUUUUGUUGGACUAGGAAAAUAAAGUUUUUACCGCCAUGCCGGCAGCGUUCCCAGUAUCCCAGUAAGAUUCGAACAAGUUUGCGUGUAAAGUGUAUAAGAUUCCAGGAAAGUAAGCUACGCAUAGUGAAAUACAGCGAUAUACUUAAGAUAGCAGCCGGUAUUUUGGUUAUAUUGAUGAUAUCAAUACUUUUAUAUAAAAGAAGCCUCGAGGUAAGCAACAAUAAAUGAAUUGUAUUGUAAACUCAUUGGCUAGAGCUGUAAUGUAAAUAUGGAAAGGCCAAUUACAAAUUGAUAGCUUUAGAUAAUUUCCAUCAUCGUUUGAGGAAACUUUAUUUAAUAAUCUGUACAAACAAGUCACUUUCGGCCAUUAGUGUAAAGUUAUGAGUAUUACGAGUUAAUAUCGCCAUUUUGUUUUGGGUUAUUUGCAGGGAGCAAGUUUAUGAAUACUUGCUCAUUGUAAUUUCACAAAAUGGAAAAUUUCUUGCGAGAUCGAUUGGAACUAAGAAUAAAAAGACUUGAUGAAAACUUAGAGAGCGCAGAGGCGCUAAUAUUAAAGUGUAAUUCCGGAACGGACGUCAUGGUACAAGAAGUAAUGAAAUUACAAUUAAGUAUGAAACAAUCUCUGAAUAGUAUCCAGUUGGACAUUGACAAAUAUAUUGUAACAAAUAAUGAAAAUACAGAUAUUUUACGCUCUGCACUCGAGAAGCAGAUGAAAGCAGAGGAGCUUCUUAUAGAAUUGGAAUUAAUUCUCAAUAUUCAUUCUAAUUCUCAUAAUAAAAUCUCAACAAAAACUGUGAAACUUCCUAGAAUUGAGCUGCUCAAAUUUGAUGGAGAUAUUCUGAAAUGGACGGAGUUCUGGGACCGGUUCACGGCCAAUGUACACUCCCAAAACUUAGACGAUGUCGAAAAGUUGGCUUAUCUGAUAAGUUUACUGGAAAAGGAGGCCAAGGAGGCAGUCCAAGGCCUAACAAUGACAAAUGCUAACUACCAAGUAGCAAUAGACACACUUAAGACCAGAUAUGGGAGUACUCAACAAGUAAUUGAUUCGCAUUAUGAAGCCCUAAAUAGAACUAGUCGCUGCGAAUAUACAGCUGAAGACUGUAGGAAGACAUUAAAUAAAAUCGAGAACCAUUUAAGAGUACUUUCAUCACUAGGGGAGAAUAUAGAGAGCAAUUCAUUUAGGAGCAUUAUAUUAGACAAAUUUCCAGAGAAGGUAAUCUACGAACUUAACCUAUUAUUAGUGGAUGACCAAACAAUAGCGGGGAUCAGAAAUACAUUAAACAAAAUUGUGGUGGCAUUGGAGAAGUCUAAGACUAAUCCACCGCUACAAAAGGACCAUACUGCCACCACAGAUGCCUUCAUUUCAAUAGAAAACAGACCUCGAUACCACAGAGGGAAAAGGAUACACACACAGACAACAUCCCUUCACAAAAUGGAUAACACACCCAGGAACAACAAUAGGAAAAGACCAGCUAAGUCUAAUACUGACAGAGAAAUGAAGAAACCCAAGUUGAGUUGCAUAUUUUGCUUGGGACCGCACUUUAAUGAUACAUGCCCAUCUUAUAAGACACCUGAUGACAGAAAGAAGAAACUAUCAAACCGAUGUUUUAUGUGCUUAAAGUUAGGGCAUCGUGCACAUGAAUGCAGGAGACAUAAGAAAUGCUAUCACUGCAAGGGCAACCACAACCGAGCCCUAUGCCCAAAGAGAGAACCAGACUGCAACAGCGCAGGUGGUUCACAAAACCAAGACCCUAAAUUGUAGACUCCUUCUUGACUCCGGUAGUUCAAGAAGCUAUAUUACCACGGACUUGGCAAAACACCUGGAUUUGACAUCAGCAAAUGUAGACUAUUUACUAAUAUUUAUUUUUGGAACCGACAAGCCUAAUGAGACUUUGAGUCCUUGCACAGAUAUUACUAUCAAGACAAAAAGAGGAGUAGAAAAAAGUAUCCAUGUGAAUGUUGUUCCUCGCAUUACUGAUAGGAUACCAAUUCAAGAGAUUCCUAAAAUAGAUAUUGUGGAUAUACCAGCAGAUAGUUACUCAAAGAAUCAAUCAGUAAACAUGCUCAUUGGUAACGAUUACUACUUCUCCUUUAUCAGGAAUAACAAGAUACAGAUUGACACCGAUCUUUACCUAAUAGAUACAGAUUUCGGAUGGAUCAUGUCUGGACACCAUGAUAAGGACAAUCAAGAGAAUGAUAACAUCUUAGCAGUUGUUACCUACUACCAAAACAAUGUAGGAUGUAAGUGUUACACAGAACCUGACCUCCCUUUAAGACAUUCGGAUUUAAAGUUCCUUUGGAGUUUAGAGAACAUAGGAAUAACUGACUCAGUAAAGGGUACUAGAGAGGAAGAGGCAGUUAGAAACUUUAAUGACACUGUCAAGUAUCAAGAAGGUCGUUACUAUGUAAAAUGGCCAUGGACAACAUACCCACCACAUGUACCUACUAACUACGGGUUAGCAUACGGAAGACUCAAGGGAUUAGUACAGCGAUUGGAUAAGCCCACACUGCAAGAAUAUAAUGAAAUAUUGAUGGAACAACUUAAGGCCGAGAUAAUAGAAGUUGUCCAAGUGGAUUCAGAUGUUCGAAACCAGUCUGUGCCUCCAAUUAACUACCUGCCACAUCAUAUAGUAAAACAGAGUACCAAGCGCGGUCGUAUAGUAUAUGACGGUUCAGCAAGGUUAAAGGAUCAGCAAAGCCUUAACGAGUGCUUGUAUAAAGGACCUUGUAUGCUUCAAGACCUGACGUCUCUGCUCCUGAAUUUUAGAAUACAUAAAAUAGGUAUAAUUGCAGAUGUUGAAAAGGCCUUUUUGCAAAUUGGUCUACAGGAAGAAGACAGGGAAGUGACAAGAUUCUUAUGGCUAAAGGACAUCAACAAACCACUAUCCGAUGAAAACAUACUACACCUAAGAUUUUGCAGAGUGCCUUUCGGAAUUAUUUCCAGCCCUUUCUUACUGACGGCAACUAUACGUUACCACAUUUCUCAAAAGGAUAGCAUGCUACUCAAGAAGGUAGCAAAUAAGUGUUAUGUUGAUAAUUUGGUGACUGGCACAGACACUUUAGAAGAAGCUGUCCAACUAUAUGAUGAAUCCAAGAAGGCAUUCGAAGAGCUCUCUAUGAACCUAAGAGAUUGGACAUCAAAUGAUAAAGCUUUCAGUCGAAAAGUACCACAAAAAUAUAGAGCUAAAGAGUCAGACAAAAUCAAAGUCUUAGGGUUGCUGUGGAAUAAAGAGCAAGAUGUACUUACUUUGAACAUAAAUAAAGAAGUGUUUACUGAUAGAUCAACAGACAAAGUUACAAAAAGAGAAGUUUUAAGUAUAUUAGCAUCAUUAUAUGAUCCUUGCGGUAUAGUCUCUCCACUACUUAUGCCAAUAAAACUGUUUCUUCAGGAAUUAUGGAGAAAAGACUAUAAAUGGGAUUCACCAGUAUCGCAGGAGCUGUUACUAAAGUGGAAGAAAAUUGAGAAGAACCUAAGUGAUAUAAAAGAAGUUGAAGUACCACGAUAUGUUGAGGCAAAUGUCAAUAAAGGAUCUGAAAAUGAGUUACAUUGCUUUGCAGAUGCAGCUAAAGACUCAUACGCAGCUGUUGUAUACUUACGGUCAAGUGACGGCUCCAACAUUAAGACAUCAUUUUUAUUGUCAAAAAAUAGAGUUGCUCCAUUGGAUAAGAAAAUGAAAGAUGGUAAGAAAACUGAAAGAAAAAUGACUAUUCCACAAUUAGAACUACUCGGCUGUGUUAUUGGAAACCGCUUACUGACAUACAUAAAAGAGACUAUAGAACUCCCCAUUACUAGACAAUACCUGUGGACAGACAGUUUAGUGGUUCUCAACUGGAUUCACUCGAAUAAGCUUUUACCACCAUUCAUAGCCAACAGAACAGAAGAAAUAAAGCGAAAUGUUGGCUUAGAAACAUACUAUGUAAAUACUAAAGAGAAUCCAGCUGAUAUUGCAACGCGACCUGAACUUUGGAUUCAAAAGAAGAGUGUAUGGCUAGAAGGACCAGCCUUCUUGUCCAAAGAAAAGAGUAAAUGGCCAAAAGAUAUUCAUCUUAAAGGCCAUCAAGAAGUAGCAUCUUUUCCUGCAGUAUUAGAGGGUCCAAAGGAUCAGUCUUCAGAUAUUGACAUACCUUUGGAAUCGGUUAAUGAUAAUGAACAAAGGUCUGACCACAAUGAAGUAACAUCUCAGGUUAAAGAAAUAAAAAACCUGCAACAAAGAUUCUUUCCAGAUGAAAUAAAAGGCAAACGGACAGACCUCAGUAGAAAUCUUGGGCUAUUUACAGAUGUUGACGGAUUGUUGAGAUGCAAAGGACGAAUGAUGCAUGCUAAUUGGUCGUAUGACAUGAGGUAUCCAGUUCUUUUGCCUAGGGACUGCGAAUUCACAAGGAAAGUAGUAAAAGAAAUACAUGAGAAGAAUUACCAUGUAGGAGCAUCUCAUACUCUCGACUUAGUUCGCCAGCAAUACUGGAUUCCAAAAGGAAGACCGGUUGUGGAGAGAAUACUAAGAAAAUGUACUCGAUGUGUAAAGCACGGUGGAGGCCCGUACCCACUACCUCCAACACCGGCUUUACCAGCAGAACGUGCGAAUUAUAGCACACCAUUCACUUAUACCGGACUUGAUUAUUUUGGACCUGUCUAUGUGGCAACUGAAAAUGGACAGCAAAAGAGAUGGAUUUGUCUUAUGACUUGUUUAGCUGUAAGAGCAAUACAUUUGGAAGUUGUUAAGAAUUUGACUGCAGAUGAGUGUAUUAUGGCACUGAGAAGAUUUAUGUCAACAAGAGGAGUACCAGUAGCCAUAGUCUCGGACAAUGCACUAUACUUCAAAUUGAGCUCUGAAAUCCUGAAGAGUGACUACUGCAUCAAGAAUAACAUCAAAUGGAAAUUUAUUCCCCAAUUAGCGCCAUGGCAUGGUGCAUUUUAUGAAAGAUUAGUGGGGUUAGUGAAGCAUUGUAUGAAGAGAACUUUGGAGAAACUGCUACUGAAUGACACACAACUUCUUACUGUCAUUAAGGAGAUUGAGGCUGUUGUUAACAGUCGGCCUUUGACACGAGUAGGUCCUGACAUGGAUAUAGUUCUGAGACCAUGUGACUUUCUAUCUCUAGGACGUUGUCUAAACUUGGAGAUAUCAGAGAGUUAUAGACCUGACCAAGAUGACACUCGGGCGAAACAGAACUUGUUAGACAGUUGGAAAAGAGGUCAGAACAUGUUGAAGCACUUCAAAAACAUGUUUAUAAAUCAAUACUUGACAAGCCUAAGAGAAAGGUACCAACAUAGUCAUAAACAACCAAGGGUGAAAUCACACAAGGAACCGAGUGUUGGAGAUCUAGUUCAGAUAAAGGGCGAAUCUAAAAAUAGAAACACCUGGAGGGUUGGCAAAAUCGUCCAACUAAUAAGAGGUUCCGAUGGAUACUGUAGAGUGGCUCAAGUUCAAGUAGGAGGAAGUAUUUUCACAAGGUCUAUCGGGCACCUGUAUCCCUUAGAAUUGGAAGAGCCACCUUCGGCACCAGUAGAGACGAUUGAGACGGUAGAGCCUCAGCCAAGCGUUAUAGACACUAUACAAAACGAACUUGGUACUACUGAUAUAGAUGAGAUGCUAGAAGAGACUGAGCAAAGAGAAAUCUCGACAGAAAGUCAAGGAAGUGCAGAUAUAGUUUCUAAUCAUGACACAGAAGAGAGAGAGAGUAACACAGAAAAUUCUGAGGAGAGGAUGUCAACUACAUCACAACAACCAGAAGAGGAUAGUUUAAAGACUUCUCAUCCAACCGAUAUCAUUAGUGAUGUACCCGAUAUAGAGACGCAAGAAGAGAGUCAACCACAAGAGGUGACGAGGCGAGCUGCGGCUAUUCGAGCACGAGAAAAGAUCGCACAAUGGACUCGUCAGCUUUUCGCCUUUUUGUAAAUCAGCCUCGUAGCUGGGAGUGUCGCGAAUCCACGCGAUUCCUAAUAAGCAGUUAUGGAAGAACACAUGAUGAAGGAUUUGAAUAGAGAUGUAGUAGAAGUUAAUUAGUUUGAAGAUUGUGUGAGUGCUGUAAGCCAGAGAGAUAAUGUGUUAAGCCAGAAGGAUCCCCCUGGUGAGUGCUUAUGAUUAUUAUAAUGAGCGAAAUAUGUUGUGAGGUUAAGUAAGAGUAAAAUCAUGGUGGCAAGGGAAGGUCUAUUGGGGAAGGUGGUAGGACCUCCAGGGACCUGCGGGUCCCACAUAAGACGAUGAGAGUAGAGAAACCGUGAUGGCAAUGAGUCGGAUCCAUUAAGAGGGGAUUCACCACUAUGAGUGGCUCUCGAUCUGACUCAUGGUGCCAUCUACGGCUCUCAUCUAUAGUACUUAGUAAGCUCAUGAAAGCUAUUAACCUCUCAGCGUAAGUCACUCAAGUUCUUGUCGCACAUUUAGAUAUUAAGGUAAAAUAUAAACUAUAUCAUAUAUACAUCAUAUGACAAUUUAUUAUCUAAUUGAGUUUGAUGUG